AUGGCCAAGAAAAGUAAAUUGUUGUUGGCACUAGAUGCCCAUAAAGGCCGUAAUUAUGAACUAGAGCGCCAGAAGAAACUGCAGAAGGCAGCCGAGAAGCGGAAAAGAAUGAAGGUGGGAAAUGCUCAAGAUACCAACAAUGACAACGAGAAGGAGGAUCCCACUCUUCCAGAGCAAAAUGGCGCGGGAGAGAAAGAGGAGCAAACGGCUGAAAUUACCCCUGCGCAAGACGACCAAUGGACGAAUAAUGAAGAGGAAGAGGGAGACGAAGAAAUGGAUGAAGAAGAUAUCCCAUUAUCUGAACUUUCGGAAGAAGACGCAACUGACGUAAUACCACACCAACGCCUCACCAUCAAUAAUUCCGCCGCCAUCCUCUCCUCCCUCAAACGCAUCUCAUUCAUCACACCUCACACACCCUUUUCAGAACAUAAUUCCCUCACCUCCACAGAACCCAUUGACGUCCCAGACCCCAAUGACGAUCUUACGCGUGAAUUGGCCUUCUACACCGUCUGCGUCUCCGCCGCGAAAUCCGCAAGAGACCUAUUGAAGAAAGAAGGAAUACCCUUUUCGCGGCCGACAGAUUACUUCGCUGAGAUGGUCAAGUCCGAUGAGCACAUGAGCAAGGUGAAAAAGAAGCUGUACGAAGAGGCCGCAGCCAAGAAGGCAAGCGCGGAGGCCAAGAGGCAGCGCGAUCUAAAGAAAUUUGGAAAACAAGUGCAGGUCGCCAAGCUGCAGCAGAGGCAAAAGGAGAAGAGGGAAACUCUGGAUAAAAUUAACAGUUUGAAGAGGAAGCGUAAAGCCAAUGAUGGUGCCCCCACCGAAGAAUCAGACCUCUUCGACGUUACCCUUGACGACGCUAGCAAAUCUGACUCACGCGGAGGAGCCAACAAGCGUGCUCGUAACGGACCCGGCGCGCAAAAUAAGCGGCAACAGAAGGAAAAGAAAUUUGGAUUUGGUGGUAAAAAGCGAUUCGCAAAAAGCGGAGAUGCCGUUUCCAGUGGUGAUCUCAGUGGAUUCUCAAUUGGUAAAAUGAAGGGACAUAAGAAGGGAGGCGCGCAGAGGCCGGGCAAAAAUAGAAGGGCAUCGGCGAAGAGGAUGUGA